GGUUCCAACUUACUCGUGACAACUCUCUCCCCGUAAAGAACCUUGUAGAAACAACAUCUGCACUAUCGGGCCGGCCCUAUCUCGGGCUGUUUCAUCCCUUGCUUCCUCAUCCUCAUCCCCUAUGUUACCGUCUUCACUCCCCGCCGAGAGGGGAGAUCGCUCGUCCGCAAAUCUUGUUUUUCCGACGAACGGAUGUUGCAAAGGAACCGUUGCCCCCUAGUAUUGCCAUGCACGCCUAUAAUUACCCCACUAAUCAGUCACGCUAG